AGUUACUGUUUCUUGACGGUCUCUACGUCAACAGCGACUGGAUUUGUACUUUUCAUCUACUUUGUUGUUGGCUGUUAUCAAAAACAAUUCAUAUCAUUUCCUAAAAUAUUUAGUUGCUUUUUGGUUGAUUUGUUUUGUUGAUUUUUUUUUACUGCAUCUAAAUUGUUUGUCAUUUGAAGCGGAACUGUUGUUUGCCAUUGUUGGUUCCUAACGAACUUUAGUUAUAGUAACACGAAAAGGUGCGACGCAAAGGCAAGCUUUUUGACAACAUACUGUCAUUCUCAACAAAACUAGUAGAUAGACGUGAAAAUGUCUAUUUUCACACCGACCAACCAAAUCCGACUGACAAAUGUGGCGGUGGUGCGGAUGAAGAAAGCAGGCAAGCGAUUUGAAAUCGCUUGUUAUAAGAAUAAAGUUCUCAACUGGCGCUCCGGAGCAGAGAAAGAUUUGGAUGAAGUUUUGCAGACAAACUCUGUUUUUGUCAAUGUCUCCAAAGGCCAGGUGGCCAAAAAGGACGACUUAUGCAAAGCUUUUGGCACAGAUGACCUAACCGAAAUCUGCAAACAGAUCCUAGCCAAAGGUGAGCUCCAGGUAUCUGACAAAGAGCGGCAGAGUCAGCUGGAGACCAUGUUCAGGGACAUUGCCACCAUUGUGGCCGAAAAGUGCGUCAACCCUGACACCAAGAGGCCGUACACGGUCAGCCUGAUCGAGCGCGGCAUGAAGGACAUCCACUACUCAGUCAAGGCCAACAAGAGCACAAAGCAGCAGGCUCUGGAGGUGAUCCGGCAGCUGAAGGAAACAAUGCAGAUCCAGCGGGCUCACAUGAGGCUGCGGCUUCUGCUGCCGGGCAAAGACGCCAAACGGCUGAAGGAGAAGCUCAAACCGCUCCUGCAGGUCGUAGAGAGCGAAGAUUUUGAGGAGAACCUGGAAAUUAUGUGUCUGGUAGAUCCGGGCUGCUAUAGAGAGCUGGGCGAGCUGGUCCGCUGCGAGACCAAAGGCCGAGGCUUGGUGGAGGUCAUCAAUCUGAAGGACGUUGAGGAGGGUGACGAGAAGCUCUAGGGAACCUCUUCCAUCAUUUUAAAAAGAAGCUCGGCACGAAUUCAGUUUCAAUAAACACUCAUCUUUUCGUU